CUCCACUCCAUCGCUCCGUCAUUUAAGAACACCCGCUUUCAGCAUUGUCAAAGCGAUUCCCCGAAUAGCGCCAGGAACUCGCGACAAUGCUUAUCCCCAAGGAAGACCGCAAGAAGAUCCACGAGUACCUCUUCCGCGAGGGUGUACUCGUGGCCAAGAAGGACUUCAACCUUCCCAAGCAUGGCGACAUUGACACCAAGAACCUCUACGUGAUCAAGGCCUGCCAGUCUCUUAACUCCCGCGGCUACGUCAAGACUCGCUUCUCGUGGCAGUACUACUACUACACCCUUACUCCUGAGGGUCUUGACUACCUCCGUGAGUGGCUUCACCUCCCCGCUGAGGUUGUCCCUGCCACCCACAUCAAGCAGCAGCGCACCCACGCUCCUCCUCGCGGCAUGCUCGGUGGUGAGGAGCGCGAGCGCCGUCCUGGUCCCCGCCAGCCUCGUGAGGGUGGCUACAGGCGCCGUGAGGAGAAGGAAGGUGGUGCCCCUGGCGAGUUCGCUCCCAGCUUCCGUGGUGGAUUCGGUCGUGGCCGUGGUGCCCCUCCUUCUUAAAAAGUGUCACUCGCCGCUUGCGUUUUCCGAGGGGUUUCUUAAAAAAAGGAUGUCGUUUAUGUGGCUUGAGUAGGUAUCGUGAAGUAUCUGAAAUGGCUGCACUUACGCAUCUUAGCCUGCGCAUUCCCUUUCUGAAAUGUGGAUAUGAAUUGCAGGACCCUCUGUUACGAUUUAGAUAGCAUCAAUGACAAGAUCAUCAUGACGCAAUAUUUUGUCCCAUAGAUGUUCAUUUUAAUAUGACC